AUGGUGAGAGGGAGAAAGGGGGAUAGAGAUAAGGGGGAAAGGGAGAGAGAAAGAGGGAUAGAGAGUGGGAGAGAGAAGGUAAGAGGGAGAGGGAGAAGAGAAGAUAUUGGCAAGGAUUUUACUGAUCAUCUUUACACUGCUUUAAAACAAGCAGGAAUCCGUACCUUUGGAGAUGAUAAUAAACUUACUAGAGGAGAAGAUGUCUCCUCACAAAUCCUGAAAGCAAUUCAGCCAUCCAAAAUUUCUAUAGUGGUCUUCUCCCAAGGCUAUGCUUCCUCCAGAUGGUGUCUUGAUGAACUAGUAAAGAUUCCUGAAUGCAAAAAUUAA